AUGUUAAGAAUAUUAAUCUUGAUUACAUCAAUAUACGCUAUCCCGUUAGAUUUUCCUUGUUAUGAUGAUACAUGGUUUUAUUCAAACGAAACGGGAAAAUGUUAUAAACCAAUUAUGGGAGCACAGAAAUUGCCAUUUUUGAAUGCUUCACAAGCAUGCAAAACAUACUUACAAAAUAUUUCGAAAGUUUCAAUAAAUUUAGUAAAAUUAUCUAAUGAAAAUGAAGCUGAUGCAUUUGUGAAGUUGUUGUCUGAAAACGCUUUUAAAGAAACAAUUUGGAUAGGAGCUAAUCGUAGUGAUGCGAAGCAACCAUUUAUUUGGUAUAUGGAUGGUAGUACAGCUCUUUUCGACUACACUGAUUGGUCUCAAGGAACACAACCAGGAAAUUGUAUUGGCUUCUCAUAUACAACUCAACCAUUAUCUGGAAGCGAUAAGUGGACUAUAAUUAAAACGAUCGAUAAUAAACCAUGUGAUAUGAUGCGUUCAUUCAUUUGUGAACAUAAAGUUCCACUUUGUAGAAAUCCACCAGGAGGCUUUAAUUCAACUACAAUGAUUAUAAAACCAUCUAUCAUGGCUCCAAGAUCUAUUGUAGAAGUACAAUGUGCACCUGGUACAUUAAAAGAUCCUAUUACAUCUAGUAACCGAUUAUCUGGUUUUGAUGUGGAUUUAAGCCUAUCAGAAAAUUUAUAUAAAUGCACAGGGAAACGAUUUAAUAAUAAUCCAAAUCCUGAAGAUCCUUUAAAGUUUCAACCACAAUUAUUCUAUUCAGGCUAUUUACUACCAACAUGUUCAUAUGUGAAAUGUCCACUUUUUCCAGAAUUAAUGGAUAAUAUAGAAAAUAAACCUCAAGUUCCAGUUGGUUCAGAUAGUCUUAUUUAUGAUUAUGGACAAAACAUUACAUUACAAUGCAGUCGAGGUUAUGUGAGCUUUCAAAAUCCUAAUAGUACAUUAGCAACAAUGGUGUGUGCUCACGCUAGUACAACUUUUAAUCUGGGUUUAUGGGACCCGGAAAAUUAUCAGGCUUGUAUAGCUGUACGUUGUAAUGAAACGGAAUUGGACAUCACUAUUCCUAAAAAUGCCAAGUUAGUUACUGCACGUAAUCGUAUCACGGAACAAGUAUUUGGAUUACAUCAGGUUAAUCAAUUCUAUUCAUAUGGAAAUGUGAUUUCUAUCAGAUGUAAUCCAGGAUAUUUAUUUAUUGAUCGUACUACAGAAAAACAGGUUUCUUGUGAAUUAGUGCCUGGUUCAGAUACAGUUGGAGAAUAUCGUGGUUAUUCUGGUACAGUACUACCAUUACCGACGGAAUGUCAAGAAGCUACUUGUUUAUAUGAACAAGCCGUAAUACAACCAGAUUAUAACAUGGAACCAUAUUUUAUCGUUAUGAAAAGUAACAUAGACGUGAUGAAUUUAACGAAACACAGCGGAAUUCCAUAUCCACGUGGAACAGUGAUUCGAUACUUUUGCAAAUAUGGCUACGAAAGUAUUCAUCAAAAUUCAGAAUUGAAUAUCACGUGCGGUAAUUACGGCCAAUGGACUCCACAACUAAUUGGUUGUAUUGCAAGAAUUGAGAAAGUUCCUGUAAGUCUUACUGGACGACUUUAUACUGAACCAAAAGAAGCUGAAUCUGCAUCAAAAUUAUCCUCAAUUAUGUUCAUUAUGGUUUUUAUAUUUUUGGGGCUAAUUUUAUUGCUAGAUUUAGCCACUAUUGGUAGAGAUUUCAGACAAAUACGGAAAAAUAUUAAAUUACAAAGAAGGAGAUUGAAACACUCAGGAAAUAAAAGCAAAGUUGGUUGA